AUGCUGGGGCCGACAUCGGCUCAGAACCUGGAGCUGGUUCGAAGGCAGGUGUUGGCUGCGAAGGUGACGCCGGCAUUGAUCCAGGUGCUGGCCGAGACACUGGGGCCGGCACCGGCUCAGAACCUGGAGUGGGCUUGGAGGCAGGUGCUGGCUGCGAAGGUGACGCUGGCCCUGAUCUUGGUGCUGGCUGAGACGCUGGGGCCAGCACCGGCUCAGAACCUAGAGCUGGCUCGGAGACAGGUGAUGGCUGCGAAGGUGACGCUGGCCCUGAUCCUGGUACUGGCCGAGACGCUGGACCUGGCUGGGAGGCAGGCUGGUGUUGGCUGCGAAGAUGACGCUGGGGCCGGCUCGGAGGCAGCUGCUGGCUGCGAAGAUGACGCUGGGGCCGGCUCGGAGGCAGCUGCUGGCUGCGAAGAUGACGCUGGCCCUGAUCUUGGUGCUGGCCGAGACGCUGGGGCUGGCACUGGCCCAAAACCUGGAGCUGGCUCGAAGGUAGGUGCUGGCUGCGAAGAUGACGCUGGCCCUGAUCUUGGUGCUGGCCGAGACGCUGGGGCUGGCACUGGCUCAGAACCUGGAGCUGGCUCGAAGGUAGGUGCUGGCUGCGAAGGUGACGCUGGCCCUGAUCUUGGUGUUGGCCGGGACGCUGGGGCCGGCACCGGCUCAGAACCUGGAGCUGGCUCGGAGGCAGGUGCUGGAUGCGAAGGUGACGCUGGCCCUGAUCCUGGUGCUGGCCGAGACGCUGGGGCCAGCACCGGCUCGGAACCUGGAGCUGGCUCGGAGGCAGGUGUUGGCUUCGACCCUGAUCCUGGUGCUGGCCGAGACGUUGGGGCCGGCAUCGGCUCAGAACUUGGAGCUGGCUCAGAGGCAGGUGCUGGCUGCGAAGAUGGCGCUGGCCCUGAUCCUGGUGCUGAACGAGACGCUGGGGCCAACACUGGCUCAGAACUUGGAGCUGGCUCGGAGGCAGGUGCUGGCUGCGAAGAUGACGCCAACCCUGAUCCUGGUGCAGGUCAAGAUGCUGGGGCUGACACCGGCUCAAAACCUGGAGCUGGCUCGGAGGCAAGUGCUGGCUGCGAAGAUGACGCCGGCCCUGAUCCUGGUGCGGGUCGAGAUGCUGGGGCCGACACCGGCUCAGAACCUGGAGCUGGCUCGGAGGCAGGUGCUGGCUGCGAAGAUGACGCUGGCCCUGAUCCUGGUGCUAGCCGAGACGCUAGGGCUGAAACCGGCUCAAAACCUGGAGCUGGCUCGGAGGCAGGUGCUGGCUGCGAAGAUGAAGCUGGCACUAAUCUUGGUGUUGGCUGA